CCCUCGCGCUUACUUACAAUUGCCUCAUGCUACUAGAACCAUGGGUGUUUUCACAACGCCGAUUAAAUCACGUUCAUUAUGCUGUUGUUUCGAAUGGGUAUUCGGCCUUGUGAUAUCGCUGGAACUGCGCUUUGUUAAUGAAAAUGAUUGGUAAUAUAUCGAAGUUUGUUAUUAUUGGAUUCAACGGAAAGGUGUCGCCCGUGUUGGGAAUUGCAGCAAAAAGGUUUUCAACUUCAGCAAAAUCAUUGAAAAAUGAUGUAGGAAUAUUGAAAGGAAGGAGUUUUCUAACAUUGAAAGAUUACUCAAAAGAUGAGAUUGUCCAUUUGUUAGAUACUGCUUCAGACUUGAAGUUUAGAAUCAAACAACAAAAUGAGAGUUUCCGACCACUUGAAGGAAAGUCUCUUGGAAUGAUUUUUGAGAAAAGAAGUACACGAACCAGGAUAUCAACGGAAACUGGAAUGGCUUUGUUAGGCGGCCAUGCUUGUUUCUUGUCACCAAAUGAUAUUCAUCUCGGUGUUAAUGAGUCACUUCGUGAUACAGGAGGGGUUUUGUCAGGAUUGGUUGACUGCAUUUUUGCACGAGUAUACCAGCAGUGCGAUUUGGAGGAAUUGGAUAAAUAUAGCAACAUUCCUGUAAUAAAUGGAUUAUCUGAGAUUUAUCAUCCAUUGCAGGCUUUAGCAGACUAUAUGACUUUAAUUGAACACUUUGGUGAUAUAAAAGGAAAAACAAUUGCUUGGGUUGGUGACGGUAACAAUAUCAUACACUCAUUGAUGAUGUGUGCUCCCAUAUUAGGAGUUAAUUUACAAAUUGCUACUCCGAAAAAAUAUGAAGUGUUAAAACGAGUUGCAAGGGAUGCAGCGGAACUUGCUUCUGAGUUUGGAACCAGAAUUGAAUAUACAACCGAUCCAGUCGAGGCUGUUCAGGGUGCAAAUGUCAUUGUUACAGACACCUGGGUGUCUAUGGGUCAGGAGGAAGAAAAGCAAAGGCGUCUCAAAGACUUCGCUGGAUAUCAAGUCACAAUGAAGAUGUGCGAGGGUGCAGCAGAUGACUGGUGUUUUCUUCAUUGUCUUCCACGAAAACCAGAAGAAGUUGAUGAUGAAGUUUUCUAUUCCAAAAAAUCUCUGGUUUACCAAGAAGCUGAAAACAGAAAAUGGACUGUGAUGGCUGUGCUGGUGAACUUGAUGAAGGGCUAUCACUUAAAGUAGAAGCUCUGGUAUCGGGCAUGUUGCAAUUGAUGAAACAGUGCAUUUAACCUGUUAUGGUACCUUCAUUCCGAUAUGUCACUGCCGCCCUUGUAUUAUUUGAAAUUUUCUAAUAUUCGAAUAGCGAUAGAAAGUUUGUGGAUAUGAAUAUUGCAUUUUUUGCUUCUGUAAAAAAAUUUGAUGAAAAUUUUGACUUUG